UCCAAUUACGAAACUCUCUUUCAAGAGGUCCAAACAUGGAACUCGACCUCCACAUAGCCGCUGUAAAAGGGGAUGUGCCUUUUUUGCGUGAGUUGCUCGCAAAAGAUGAGCUGCUUCUCAAUAAAAACAUGACUGGGAAUCAAGAUGAGACUCCUCUGCACAUUGCAGCCAUGCUCGGACACUUGGAUUUCGUGGAAGAGGUCCUAGCUCGGAAGGCCGAGCUGGCAAAAAAGCAAGAUUCUCAGGGAUCAACCCCUCUUCAUCUCGCGGCAGCAAAAGGAUACCUUAACAUAGUGGUAAGCUUGUUAAGAGCCGAACCUGAUGUGUGUGAUGUCUGUGACGAUCAUGGAAGAAACCCUCUUCAUGUCGCGGCCAUGAAAGGCCAUGUGGAUGUGUUGGAAUACUUGGUUCAAAAGAGACGUAAAGCAGCCAGUAAUUAUGUCGAACAUGACCAGACAAUCCUGCAUUUAUGUGUGAUGCAUAACAGACUAGAAGUUUUGAAAUUUUUGAUAGAUAUCUUACCCAAUGGUGUCAUCAACAAACGGGACAAAGACGGUAACACGAUUUUGCAUUUGGCUGCUACAUAUGGAGAAACUAAGACUAUGCUCUUCCUGACUAAUAAAGGAGUUAAACGAAACAUUAAGAACUCCGAUGGCUUCACAGCACUCGACCUAUUAGCACAAGGCGAAAGUGCGGAAAGAAAGAGAAAAUGGCAAAACAAUAUGCAUAAGACGUUAAUGGUGGUAGCGACAUUGCUAGCUACCAUGGCAUUCCAAAUCAGUAUUACCCCACCAGGUGGCCUUUUGCAAGCAAAUUCCCCGAGUGAUGGAGAAACUACAAAACAUAGUGCAGGCAUAUCUAGAAUGGCGAUGGAGCCGAGUGCGAUGGAGCCGAGUGCGAUGGAGCCGAGUGAUGCACACGGUACAGAACAGAGUGCGGGCACAGAACAGAGUGCGGACACAGAAAAGAGUGCGGGCACAUCUAUAAUGGCGAAGGAGUACCCAGAUGUGUACAACGGUUUCAUAACAUGUAACACGAUAAGUUUCAUCGCAUCACUUAGCAUCAUUAUGAUUUUCAUAAGUGGUCUUCCUUUAAAGCGGCAUCGGAUCACCACAUGGCUUGCAAUGUUGGUUACGUGGGUUGCGAUAACCUUCAUGGCGGCAACUUAUUUCAUCUCCGUAUUCGUCGUCACACCGAAGAAACAAGUGACAACUUUCGUUAUUGCAGUUGCACUUGCAGUGCAAGCAUGGAUUGGAUUGAUGGCUUUUCUUUUUCUGUGCCACUUCAUUCGCUUAAUCCUGAAAUUGGUACGCAAGGUCCGAAAUUUCGUCCGCGGACGCUGGGCAGAACGCAGGCCAGAGAGUCAUGCGGUUUAG